CCAACUCCUACUGCUACUAACACACUCACUCCCUCACUCAGCUUCCUCUAACCCACCAAAUCAAACAAAGCCAUGGAAAAUUGCAGAAAAUCCCCAUUAAAACCAUGGAAGAAAGGUCCAACAAGAGGCAAAGGUGGCCCUCAGAACGCCUUGUGUGAGUAUCGAGGUGUUCGACAAAGAACUUGGGGCAAAUGGGUUGCUGAGAUAAGAGAGCCUAAGAAGAGAACUAGACUGUGGUUAGGCUCUUUUGCCACAGCUGAAGAAGCUGCCAUGGCUUAUGAUGAGGCUGCAAGGAGAUUGUAUGGCCCAGAUGCUUAUCUCAAUCUUCCUCACCUUCAGCCUCACCACUCCAAUUCUCUUAUCAAAACCCAAAAAUUCAAAUGGUUUCCUUCCAAGAAUUUCAUUUCCAUGUUUCCUUCUUGUGGGUUGCUCAAUAUAAAUGCCCAACCUAGUGUUCAUGUCAUUCAUCAGAGGCUUCAAGAACUGAAGCAAAAUGGGGUUCAAAAUCAAACCCCUUCUUCCAGUUCAUCUUCCUGUGAUUCAAAAGCUGAUCAAGUCCAGAGCAUGAGUGAGAAUACCCAAGUAGAAAAUCCAGUCGCGAAGGAGAAAGACGCAAAAAUUCCAUCAGACAAGAUGAUAGGAGCUUGUGAGGAGAAACCACAGAUUGAUCUCAAUGAGUUUCUUCAGCAGCUGGGUAUACUGAAGCAAGAGAGACAGUCAGAAACAACCGAUGCCACAGGAAGCUUGGCGGUGCCAGAUUCUCCAUUGAAAGAUUAUGGUGAAGAACUUGGAGCCUUAGCUGACAAGACUUUCAAUUGGGAUGCACUGAUUGAGAUGCAUGGGAUUGUUGAUCAAGGAGAAGAACUGGGUAACCUCCAAGUUUAUGAUUGUAAUGAGGAUCUGAGUUUCCCUACUUCCAUUUGGAAUUUCUGAGAGAAUCAGCUGAUUUUGGAACGAGUAGGAUUUAGCUUCAGCUGAGUUCAAAAUCAGUUAGAAAUAGGUAAAUCAGUCACCGGUUAAGCUAAGCUAUUGUAGUUCAGUUUGGCUUUAAAUCCAGUACUGCUAGUUCUAUCA